UUCUCUCGUUUACAGAUGUUUGAUUUCCUAAUUGGUUUUUUUUUUUUUUCAGUGCUGGGGAUUAAACCCGUGGCUUUGGGUGUACUAGGGAAGCACUCCAUCACUGGGCAAGAUUGCCAGCCCUUCAGUAUUGCUUACUUACAUGGACCUCAGCUGAAUGCCCAGCUAGAAGGUUGGCUUUCACAAGUUCAGUCUACGAAAAGACCUGCUAGAGCCAUUAUUGCCCCCCAUGCAGGAUACACAUACUGUGGCUCUUGUGCUGCCCAUGCUUAUAAACAAGUGGAUCCAGCUAUUACCCGGAGAAUUUUCAUCCUUGGGCCUUCCCAUCAUGUGCCCCUGUCUCGAUGUGCGCUCUCCAGUGUGGAUAUAUAUAGGACUCCUCUGUAUGACCUUCGUAUUGACCAAAAGAUUUACGGAGAGCUAUGGAAGACAGGAAUGUUUGAACGAAUGUCUCUGCAGACAGAUGAAGAUGAACACAGUAUUGAAAUGCAUUUGCCUUAUACAGCUAAAGCCAUGGAAAGCCAUAAAGAUGAGUUUACCAUUAUUCCUGUACUGGUUGGAGCUCUGAGUGAGUCAAAAGAACAGGAAUUCGGAAAACUCUUCAGUAAAUAUCUAGCGGAUCCUAGUAAUCUCUUUGUGGUCUCUUCUGAUUUCUGCCACUGGGGUCAAAGGUUCCGUUACAGUUACUAUGAUGAAUCCCAGGGGGAGAUUUAUAGAUCCAUUGAACAUCUAGAUAAAAUGGGUAUGAGUAUUAUAGAACAAUUAGAUCCUGUAUCUUUUAGCAAUUAUUUGAAGAAAUAUCAUAAUACUAUAUGUGGAAGACAUCCCAUCGGGGUAUUAUUAAAUGCUAUCACAGAGCUCCAGAAGAACGGAAUGAAUAUGAGCUUUUCCUUCUUGAAUUAUGCCCAGUCGAGCCAGUGUAGAAGCUGGCAAGACAGUUCAGUGAGUUAUGCAGCUGGAGCACUCACGGUCCACUGAAGCUCCGACCCUCAGGGACGCCACCUGCACAGACUCACACUCUGUCCGGGGUCCAGCCUAGCCUUUACCAAGAUGUUGGUUCUGGUGUGGGGGGAUCCUGAAACCUCAGACUAAUAGAACUCUCUUAUCUUCUUUUCUAGUAGGUGUAGUCCUCCUUAAUUUCAACUCAUUUAAAAAUGCUUUAUAGUUUGGGGCAGUGGAAGGAAGGCUGGAAUCAGAAUAUUUUGAUUUAAAAAAAAAAAAGAUGACAAUGUAAAGGCCCAAUUGGCAUACAGUUUUUGAAAAUGACUUGUAAAGCAUUUAGCAUAUCUGAAAUUUGCACUCUUUGCAGACUCAUGCACAUAUAUUCCGCUUUCAGAAUAGUUUUGCAGAUUGUACACAGACAAAAAAGGGUGGAAGCUUUUUAAUAAAAGAAAUUGCAUUUAUAAAUGAUCUGUAUUAGAAUAUAAGAAAUCUCCAGUUAUAGACAAUUACUACCCAUGUUGUACAACAGAUACCUUCUAUUUUAGUUGCUAAUAAAGGGCUACACAACUCAAAAUAGUCUGAUUUAAACUUAUUGCUUUGUGGUAUAAAUGGAAAUUGUUUUUUUAUUAAUUCCAUCUCAGAAUUUUUGUUGAAAUGGCAAGCCUCAGCUCCUAUGUAAGAACACUAGAUUAUAUUUUUACAUUUAUGUGAUUUUUUUAAUCACAAAUUAUAGUCAUAUAAUUUUAAAGUUUAACUUUCAGAAUUAUAGUCAUUUGCCUUUUUGUGUCUGACAUACCCUCAUGUCAUGAUUAUAUUGUAGUAGAAUAUAAAUUCAAGGAUGCUUUAAAAACAAUAGAUUUAGUCCUUCAAAUGUUGUGUUUGAUAGUCUGCAAAUGAAGAAACAUGGAAGAGUGUUAUUAGUGUGUUUCAAGUCAUUGCAGACCAUACACCACUAUGUUUUUUUACUGCUUUAAGCAAUUUGACUCUUUUACUUGAAUUUUUAGCAAGAAAUCAUUGACAAUAACAGUAACAAGGCCUAUUGGACUUGUAGUAGUCCUGCAAAAUUUGUUUUUUUGGGGUGGGGGCAUGAUUUUUUGGUGCGGCUCUUCCAACUAAAAUAAUGGUAUGGUGUUGUAUUUCUUUAUCAUAGAUUUAUUCUAGUCAUUUUGGCAAAAAAAAAGUGUAAUUCAUUAAGCCAUCAUGCAUGUUCUCCAUUAUACCUAUUUUAACGUAACACUGGGUGUCUAUAUCACUUUGGACAGUGUUUAUAUCUCCAGUCUUAUGCCCAAGUAGCACAAUUUUUAGAUGCCUUGCACCAAUUUUCUUUGGAGAUUUGCAUUUCUUAUUUAAUAAAUACCAAUUUUAUAUACUCAAGAAUGAGAGAAAAUACUACCUUUUAGAUUCUAAAUUACCUACUUAUACAUGUAGGGAUUAUACUCUUAUAUAUCAAUGAUUUAUUUUCCAUUAUUUAGAUAUGCUUUUGAGUACUAUAUAAAUAUUCUUUGUUUAAUACAGAUUAUAAAAAUUUCUGAAUUGACAAUAGUGAUUUUUCAAAUAAUGUUUUCUGAGUAUAAAAUUUGAAAAUACUGAAAAGUCAGAAGAAAAAAAAUUACCUAUAAUCUCACUACCCAGAGAUACACUGUUAAAUGUUUUUCUGUAUUUUUAGUCCUUGUGUUGUUUAUGAGUGUGUAUGUGUUUGUGUGUGCAUAAUAACAGAAUUGAGAUUAUAGUGCUCAUACAGUUGCAUUAUGCCCUGUUAUCCUAAGUACCUACUACCUAUGUCUUUGAAAAUGCAAUUUAAAAAUGGCUGCCUAAUGUGUUACACUGUAUGAAAAUAAUCAGUUCUCUCUUUGAAUGUUAGGCAGUUUCUAUUCUUCCACAAUUUUAUAAUGGAUGUACAUUCUAUGUAAAAUCUGAACUCUUAUUAUUAGACCCAUUCUCUAGGAUAUAAUCAUGAAAAUGAAAUAAGUGGUUUACAUGGUAAGAAUUUCUUAGGCUCUUUAAAAUACGCCAAAUUACAUUUCUAAUUUCACCAAAUUAACAGUGCCCUUCAUCAGCAUCAUUUUUUCUAAUUUUUGACAAAUUGUUAAACAAAUAAUUGGUUGUUUCUUUUUUCUUAGGAGUUUCUUUCUAGUUAGUAAUUUAUUGUUUUUCUAUAAAUUUAGGGUGGUUUUUGAAAAAUGACAUAAGAGAGAUAUCUGUCUUAGAAGUGUGUUAUACUGUACAUUUUUGUUUCCUCAUUUAUUUGCUUUGAGACAUGGUUUGCCUGUGUAGACCAUACAUGGCCUCAGACUCAUGUAUGAGCCUCCUUCCUCAGCCUCCAAAGUGCUGGGAUUGCAGGUGUGUAGUACUGGGUCUACCGUGUACUGCAUUUUGAAAACCAGAAUAUUCCAGCAUCAGUUUGCCUAUUCUUAGAAUAAGCAGUCUUUUAAAAAAUUUUUUAUUACCUGUUUUUGGAGUAGAAAUAGUUGUAAACUGAUACUGUGUUCAGUUCAAAUUCUGUCUCUGCCAAUAACUAACCAGUUUCCUGAAGUGGUUUUCCCUGUCCUGCUGAAGCUCCCUCAUCUGUGCAGUGUGCAGAUGGUCUCUUAAGCACCUUCUCGUUUCAGAGUGCUGGGUUUUUCGACUUUAGUUUUUAAUAGAUUUUGGUGUAACACACUAGAUAGGUAUAUGAUUUAGAUAUUUUUAUUUCAUCUCUACAUAUGAAAAUGAAAGUGAAAACCUUGUUAUUUUAGAGAAAGCGGAAUUUAAUUGACUAUUAAUAUAAUGAUACCAUCUAAAUUAUUGGACUUAGCCUUCCUAUUUUAAGUGCCUUUAAAGUUUUGUAUUUCAAAUAUAAAAUGUGAAAUUAUCAUGUUCUAUAAUACAGUUCCUUUGUUAAAAACUUAUGAAUCAUUUUCAGCAAGCUUUUAUUUAUCUUAGAUCAUACAGAAAAGUGUAUUUGUGGAGUCCCCUCUCUCCCACUUGUCAAUCCUUAAGAAAUGUUACUCUAGAAAUAAGCUAAUUGAGCAGGUAAGUAAAGUACUCUGCCCUGGAAAUAACAGGCCAGCAUAAAAAAAAACAAAUAACCAGUGAAAGUCCAGUGCUUAUAUUUGUAUAUUCCAGUAUGGAUGUUAUUUCCUGAGCUCUAAUUAAUGGUUUUAUUAUAGCUAUCAUAGUUUGCUUUGGAAGCAUGUAGUUCAUUCCCCUAGAUUAGGGGUUGGUAAAUGUUUUCUGUGAGGAACCAGAUAAUUAUUUUUGACUUUAUAUGCCACAGUGGUCUCUGAUCUGCCAUUGUAAAACAAAAGCAGCCAUAGACAACAUGUAACCAAACAAAUGUGUAUAUGUUUAAUAAAAUUUAAUUUAUAUUAAGAUGGAA